CGCAAAAUACGCCGCCAGUCCCCAAAACACAUUUAUACACAGAACCUAAUUACACAACUUCUUUAUUUUAACCAUUAGUGAAUUGUUUACAACUUUACGUGUAACCUGUUUUCUUCCUAGUCGUGAUUUAUCGAAUCAGUAUUAAAUUUUAGUGAAAUCAAAGCGUAUAAAAACCUGCCGAAGAACAACAGUGAGAACACCCACCUUUCUUAAAUUAUUAAACAGGAAUAUGUGAUUGUUUUUGAUUAUUGUUAUCGAUUCAGGUGUUAGAGCAAACAAAUGAUUCAGGGAUCAUGUCGGAUCUGGAACAUAAGUAUUUUGGCUGUAGUUUUCCUCUCCAUCUACAACAUUCUUCUCACUCUGAAACUAAUGUACAGCCCAGAAUGCAGCAAACACUCCCCUGUGGCUCUAAAGCCAGCCCAAAAGGUCGUAAAAUGUGAUCCUCCAAGACUUAGUUAUUCCAAAAGCGACCAAAUCUUCAAGCUCGACCUUCGUUUAGGUCGUUGGGACAACCGGCUUCAAUACAAACUUUUCGACAACAUCCUCAUCGGCGAUCAUUUUGCCGCUCUCAGUGACGUCCACAAGACGUGUUUUGCAACUCAAAGUUCUCUCGAAAAAAUUGCCUCAAUUGUAGAAGUAACUGCAAACUGGAAAGGUCCUAUUUCACUGGCUACGUUCGCAGCCAGCGACGAUGAGCUUAAUUCGCUACUUUUAUAUAUACUUUUUCUAAGAGAUUGUUUUGCCAAAAUAAGGGAACAAGUCAGUUUUCAUUUCGCUUAUCCGAAGGAUCAUCGACCAAAAAACAUAAAUAUUGAUUUUGAUAAGUUGAAGGAGAUGAACUGUGCGAAUCCUGCGGGAGCGCUUCAGCAAUUAGUCAAGCAAUACCUUAAAGGGAAUAAAUGGAGAACGAAAUUGCCGUACCCUCAAAACCAUCUAAGGAAUUUAGCUCGGAAGAAUUGUCAAAGCAAGUUUGUCUUCCUCACGGAUGUAGAUAUUAUCCCGAGUAAGGAUAUGGUGGAAAAACUGGAUAUAUUCCUCGGACGUGUAAAAUGUAACGGGCUUUGCGCAUACGUCAUUCCGACUUAUGAAAUCGACGAAAGAGUCAGGUUUCCUCCAAAUAAGACUGAACUUAUUCGAUUAGCAAAUAAAGGCCUAGCUAGACCCUUCCACCACAAGGUUUUUAUCUACAAUCAAUUCGCCACGAAUUUUACCAAAUGGCAAAGCACUUCCAACGAAAGCCCGGAAGUGCACAUUAGCCAUCCCGUCACGAACUUUGAAUUCCUCUACGAACCCUUCUAUGUGGCUCCGGAUACAGUUCCUCCCCACGACGAGAGGUUUGUGGGAUACGGAUAUACCCGAAACAGUCAGGUGUAUGAAAUGUUUGUGGCCGGCUAUGAAUUCCUUGUGCUUUCGCCAAUUUUCACGUGUCAUUGGGGCCUCCAAGUGAAGAAAACUCGGCCUCCGUGGCGGGAGCACCAAAACAAUCUAAACCGAAAACAUUUCGAUGGAUUCAAACGCGAAAUCUUCGCCAAGUACGACAAAGACCCGCUUCAUAUCAUGUCAGGCCGAAAAAAUUGAAACUCUAUUUAAAUCGCACAUUUAAUGUUAAACAAUUAUUUUGUUUACAAUAAAGUAUUGAGAUUAUAA